UUAUUUAGAUGUUCUCUAAUUGGUCGGCGGGAGUCACGUGACUUCGCUGCCGCGGGAGCUUUUACUUCCUGGUUCUAUAAAAAAACAACGACGUGUUUAUUUCCAUUGUAUACUACACUCCAAUUCUCUAACUGUAUUAUGCGUGCAAUGGAAGCCAAGCUUGGCUCCACCGGAGGAGCCUGGCGUGCUUGUGUGUGCUGUGGACGUGGCUGAGACAGACGACGACGUCUUCUGGGAUGUUCCACGUAGACUUCUUGGACCGAAAAGCACUUUCCACUCGGGAGCGCGCGCCUGACGCAGUGCAGAGGCCGAGGCGCGUUCGCGGACCAGCAGCAGGAGAAGGCAGUGUCGCUUCCUGGACGUGAACGCAACACUGCACCUUCCCCCUUACAUGUCCUCAUUUCCACCUGCUUCCCAGGUGUCACCAUGACGACACAUCUAUGCAGGCGGGCUCCCUGUGUUCUGGUUCUGGUUUUGGUUCUCUAUGUCCAAUGGUCCCACACUGCACCUGGGCUAACGGGUUCACAAAGAGAGGAUCCAGGUGAUGUUCUUCCUGUUGUGUUGACCAAUCCUUUUGGAUCAAGAGAAGAAGAGCGAAGGUUGCUGAAGCGUUACAUUGAAUUGAGUAGAAAAGAUGGCGAAGAGAUUCACACGUGGGAACAAGAGGUGUUCUACAUGUUUCGUCUCUACGACUAUGACCGCAGUGGACUCCUGGACGGCUUGGAGAUGAUGAAGAUGCUGUCUGAUUACAACUCCCAGCAGGCACCUGAGUCACUGAGCAAUGACAUGUUGUUGGGAGACCAGGUGGUGACCAUGGUGGAUUUGCUACUUCAGACUCAAGAUCUAAACCAAGAUGGUCUGUUGGCUCCCUCAGAGCUGCUCUCUCCUCCGCUGCUUCAAAUACAGAAUCAGAAGGUUCCUUUAGACGAGAAGCCGUCAGACGUUGACCAAGAGAUGGUGGAAGACUUGCAAGAUCCUGGUGAACGUGUUCAGCCUCAAGAGGAGGUGCGACACGACGCUAGAGCAGAAGAGGAUGAAUCCAUACGACACAGAGAUCAACACAAUGGACAACAAGCCCCUGAAGCCUUUGCAGCAGGGCAUGGAGGACAUGAACAGGAAGUCCGUGCACAUCAGGACCAACAAGAAAUGUGAACACAAGCAAACAAAGACUAAAGACAUGUUUUAUCCAAUAAAAUAAGAGGGAUCCAGUGGAACAUGGAUUGUUUAUGGAAUAUAGUCAAAAGUGAACAGAGGGUUGAAUGAAAAAAAAAUUAAGACUCAAACCCUAAUUAAUUUUGAUGAUUAUUUAUAAACCUUAUUUUUGGAUUAUUUCAAGCUGUGGUAUGGAACUUUGUAUUAUGUCCACUUUCAUGGCUCAUUUGAAAAUAUUUUUUGAACACACGAAAACAAAUGUUCAUUUUAAAUUAACUGCUGUCUUUUAUGUAAAACAAAAUUAUUCUACAGAAUUAACCUGAUGGAAUAUAGGUUGAAAAGGUUAUGUUUUUAAAAAUCAUAUAUAAUUAAAUGUGAUACAACAGUCAAUUUUCAAUAUUUCUCUGUAUUGUAAAUUGUGUUACAAAUGUCCUUUUUGCCUGUUUUUAAACCCUUUUUACAAAGAGAAAAUAAAACCUUUCUUUUUUUC